AUGUCGUCCACCAGCAACGCCUCCAUUGACAAGUUCAACGGAGACAAUUACGCAACGUGGAGCCGGUACAUGCGCGGUGUGUUUUUGACGAAGUCCGUCUGGCACGUUGUCAACCGUGAAGUGACUCCGACUUUCACCGACCCGCGAGCGUCCGAUGACUACGUCAAGGCAAGCAACGUCGCGUUUGGUAUGAUGCUGCUGCACAUGAACGCGGACUACCAUCAUGUGCUGGACAACUGCGAGGAAGCCUGGGUUGCGUGGACAAGUCUGAAGACGCUGUACGGUGGGUCGCAGAAGGCAGGACGCAUCUACCUCAAGCGACAACUUUUCAGUAUCAAGAUGGCUGAAGGCGCGAACGUCAUGCAUCACUGCAACGAGGUCCUCAACAUCUCCGCCAAGCUUAGCGGCAUCGGUGCGAAGAUGGAAGACGAAGACGUUGCAAUUUGUCUGCUACUCAGUCUUCCGAAGAGCUACGAAAAUGUGGUGCUCAACAUGGAAAUGAGCAGCACCGAGCUUCGCACUCAAGAUGUGGUGAGAGUCCUGACGAAUGAGCAUGCCAAGCGUCAAGGAGAAAAAGGGACAACGACAACGACUACGGUGAAGGCUGAAGAUGCAAGCAAGGCAUUCAGCGCCGAGCGUGAGCCCUACCAAUGCACGUAUUGUGGCAAGGUGGGACACACGGUGGAUCGUUGCUGGACAAAGCAGAAGAACGAAGGUCGGGGAGCCCGACGCGGCGGCAAUGGUCGUGGACGCGGGGCUAACAAUGUCCAGUGGGGACAUCAUGAUGAAGGUAAUGGCUACGAUCGAGUGGCGUUUGCAGUCUCGUUCGAAUGUGGAGUUUCGACGAGCAUGGACGUGUCUGGAAUGUGGGCCGUCGACAGUGGUGCAACGCACCACAUUUGCCACGACAAGACCAAGUUCGCAAGUUUGGCAGAGCGCAAUGAGGGCGAACUCUUGGUGGCUGAUGGCAACAAGGUGGCCAUCAAGGGUGUGGGAACCAUCAUGGAAAAGGUGGUUCUGCCCAACGGUGAAGAGCGUGAGAUCGAAAUCAAGAACGCGCUAUAUGUUCCAAGUAUGAGCAAGAACCUGCUCUCGGUACCACAGAUUAACAGCCAUGGCAAGUUUCAAGUCGUGUUUGACGGGUCCAAGAUGUAUGUGACUCUCAAGAACUCACAGCAAGUGGUGGCGACAGCGGAUCUCGUGGAUGGACUCUACUGGCUUCGGACGACUCAACGAUCAGCGAAUGUGACAACAAGUGGAACCAGUUGUGCCGAUCUACAUGCGAGAAUGGGUCAUGCUCCAGUCGAUGUACUUCGCAAGAUGAUCGCGACCAACAUGAUCAAGGAUGUGCGAGUCCCUCUCAAGUCGGGUGGAGCAACUACAUGUCGAGGAUGUCAACAAGGGAAAAUGGUCCAAAAACCAUUUCCAAGCAACCGAGACAAGCGCAGCUACGAUACGUUUGAGCUACUUCAUCUGGACAUCUGCGGGCCCAUGGAAAAGGAUUCGCUCGGUGGCAGCAAAUAUUUGCUGCUGAUCAUCGACGAAGCCAGUGGAUGCAUGAAGGGCUUUUGUCUACGAGUGAAGUCCGAGAGUGAAGACUACAUCCGGAAAUAUAUCACCAUGGUACAGACGCAAUUCUGUAAGAAGGUCAAGUUCGUGCGACACGACGGAGCUCGCGAGUUUGCAACCAACUCGCUUCAACUGUUCUACGAAGACGAAGGCAUUGAACAGCAGACAACGGUGCCGUAUGCACAUCAAACAAACGGAACAGCAGAGCGUGCCAUUAGGACUAUUGUCACGAUCGGCCGCAGCAUGCUUCAUCAUGCCAAACUGGACAAGUGUUUCUGGGCCGAAGCAGCGAUGACGGCCAUCUACGUCAAGAAUCGACUGCCGUCACCUAAAGUCGUGCACAAGACCCCGUUUGAGAUCGUCUACAACUUGAAACCAAGCGUCAAGCACAUGCGAACAUUCGGGUGUCAGACAUACAUACUGACGCCUAAAGAGAAUCGACUCAAGUGGGAUCCAAAGGCUCGCGCUGGCAUAUUCGUGGGCUACGAAGAAGUUUCGAAGGCAUGUUGA